CCGAUCCCGUCCCGAUCCAACACCUCCAUGUCGCCAUCAGCGCCACUUCCGCCUUCCCCCGCCGCAGCCAAUCUUCUGCCUCGGCGCGCGCCCCUCAGCCAAUCAAAACGUGUUCUGUCCAAAGGGCCCGCCUCCUCACCAAUCAGAACGCGGCAUCCCGGCGGCAGCGCCACGUGCCGGCGUCGCGAUUGGCUGGAGAGGGGAAGGGGCGGGUCCAGCCUGGACCAAUGGGAGCACGGGGUCUCUCUCUCGGAGGGUCCCGAUCCCGAUCCCGAUCCCGCUCCCGGAGGAGCCCCAGGACAGAGCCGGGAAUCCCCCAGGGAACCCCCACAGCCGCCCCUCACGGUCCCAAGCACACCCCAGAUCCAGGGGGGAUCCCCAGGUGUCCCCAGAGCGGAUCCCGGAUCCCUCGGGGAUCCCAGAUCCCUUGGGAAGCACUGGAUGCCCCAGCACAGAACCAAGAUCCCCUCGGGAUCCCCAGAGCCUGCCCUACAUCCCUGGGGGAUCUCUGGGGGGGUGUCCUAGAGCAGAUCCCAGAUCCCUCAGGGACCACUGGAUGUCCCAACAAGGAACCCGGGAUCAGUUCUAACUCUUCCCCAUGGACCCAUGAGGGACCUGGGAUCAGUUCUGACUCCCCCCCCCGGGAUCUGGGAUCACUUUUAUCCCCUCCCAGGAAUCCCCAAGGGACCUGGGAUACCCUCUGCCGUUCCCGUGGGGAUCUUGGCUCUGCGCUUCUCAAGGGAUCCGGGACGUGCCACCCCCAGGUCCAGAGCCGGGGAGCCACCAGCUCGUCCCCACGCGGGGACACGUCCCGUGGGGACACACCCCGUGCGGGGACACCCCGUGGGGAGCAGCGGGAGGCACGAACCGGCCCCGUUUCGGCCGAUCCCACCGGCAGCCGGAGCCUUGGACCCCCGGGCUGCCCGACCUCGGGUCCAUGUGCCACCUCGAGGCCGUCGGGGCGGCGACACCGGAGCUCCCACGGCCAGCCCGGUGCGGUGGCGGCCACCCGGGGCCACUCAGAGCCACCCGGGCGGUGCUGGCACCGCUCCCCGUCAUGAAUAUUCAGCCCAGCCUGGCCCGGCCCCGCUGUUUGCUCCGGCAGGAGGGGUUUGGGCGCGGGUUCACCUUGACGGGAACACCGGGACGGCGGCAGGUGAACGGCACCUGCCCGCGCCCCCCGGCCGGGACACCCCCGGGACACCCCCGGGAUACCCCGGGCGUGGGAGCUGCAGGAUGGCCGACAGCCACGGCUGGUGGAAGCUGACGUUCCUGAGGAAGCGCCAGGCAGCGCCCACGGUGCUGUACGAGACCCCCGACGGCCCCGCGGCCCCCGGGGGGGACACCCAGGAGGGCACCGGCCCCGAGGGACCCCCCGGCUUCGCCGCCCGCCUGGAGAAGCUCGUGGACAAGAGCACCAAGGGGAAGCACGUCAAGGUCUCCCACUCGGGGCGCUUCAAGGAGAAGAAGAAAGUCAGGGCGACGCUGGCAGAGCACCCGAACCUCUGCGGGGCCGCCGAGAGGGAGGAGAAGUGACCCGGCGGGAUGUCACCCUCCGGCCCCCCCGGGAAUGCCGAUCCACGCGGCCCCGGGAGGAGAGAGGACUCGGGAUGGGGUUUAUCCCAGGGAGAAUCACGGACCCGGGAUGGUUGAGCCCGUCCCUCCCACCGCCCCUCCCCAGGCUGACUGGUUCAUACUGGGAUGAGGACACUCCCCCCGAGCCCAGAGCCCACCCAGCUCUGCCCCCAUCCCAUUCCCGAUCCCGAGCUCCCAGUCCCACGCCGUGUCCUUGCCAAGUCAGCCCCAAAACUCGGGAUGUGCCACUUCCCUGCCCCGCUGGGCCAGUCCCCCCGGAGCUGCCUCCACGGGGGGCUCCCGGGAGGAGCAACAUUCCUCAGGGAAUCGCUCCCCGCUGCUGGAAGGGGGGAGCCGACCCCGGGGGGCUCCUGCUGGUUGCUGGGGGUGUUGGAAGCUCUGGCACCUGCUGCUAAUUAACUGCUGUUAAUAAACCAGGGAGAGC